CGUUUCCCCGUCGGAAGUGUGCUUUUUUUGUUGCGCCUACCCCACACUUGGUGGACCGCCUAUUUACUGUAUCAGCGUGCGACUGCUCAUACACUGCUGCUACCGACCACUUGCCGUCGUCCUCGUAAUGUAUUGCUGUUCUCCAACGUCUGUCGCUUCCAACUAGUAUGCCAGCAGCAGAGAUGUCCAGUCCUUCCUCCUCCAAGCAGCCUCCAAGGAACACUCCAAUCCCAACGCAAUCCGUCCCCAUCCCGACCCCCGCGCUGCCAACCUUACCACUCCCUAUUCCCCGCCUCGCCACCAUAUCCCCAACCAGCGGCACACUCCCCGCAAUCCCCCUCACAAAAGCCGGCCCAACCUACCCCCCUUACAUCCCUUCCAGCCCGCCCAAACCCGCCUCAACCCCCAAACCCAUCAUCAACCUCGAAACCCCCGACACCGACCCCUCCCAUCUCCUCGAAGACCUUUUCCACACCCUCUCCGACCGCCGCGGCUGCCUCAUCAUCGGCGCAGGCGUCUCCGUCUCCCUCGCUGACGGGGAAGAGAACAAAAAACUAGUCACAUGGCGCGGGUUCCUCGAUCGAUUGGCGUUGACCGUGAAGGAGAUGCUCGGGUUGCCCGACGGAUGGUACGAGGAGGUACAGGAGAUGCUGCAGAACGACCCGGCAAAGAUCCCCCCGCCGCCGCCCGAGAAGGGGAAGGACGCAGCAGCAGCGGCAGGCACCCAUCCCGCCUCUCCCCUCGGCCGGCCCAUCGAGCGCCAAUUCGCACUCCGGCUCGACAAAGCGGCCGAGAUGAUCGAGCACUACGUUAACACUGGCCAUCUGGGAGGUAGCUCCGACCCCUUCAUGCGGUAUCACCACCUGGUCUUCAAGAUCCUACAUAAGCUCCGCGCCGACCGGAACGCGCCGUUGGCUCAUAUCCUCCACUCCCUCCGCGCGCCCAUCUUCACCACCAACUACGACGUGCUCCUCGAAGACGCCACGGGGCGGUUCACGCUGUCCAUCGACGACCUACUCAAAGCACAACGCACGUACCGGCUGAAAUCAGAACAGCACCCGUUGGCGCAACAUGAGCUUUACGUGUUCCAUCUACAUGGGAUAUUCUACGACGACCCGGAACGCAAGUUCGUGCUGACGAGCGGGGAGUAUGCGGUUACGAUUGAUGAUUUCAUCAUGGCCCUCAAACCGGUGUUGGUGGAUGUCGGGAGUAAGGUCAAGACGGGGGGGAUGGCGUUUCAUCGGAGUAUGAUAUUUAUCGGGACGGGUGGGACGCUCCAGGACAUCCACUUCACAGCCCUCUUCGCCUCGCUCUACGAACACAACACCUACCUCGAAUCCAACAACUUUGAACGCGUGAUGCACUACGUCCUCCUCACCACCCACGAGGCGACCUACCUCACCGAUUUCACGUUCGAGGAUUCGUUGGGACGGUUGAUCCACGCGCAUGAGUUGCUCGUGCCGGUGGUGUAUGGCGAGGAUUACGGCGAUCUGCCGGGGUAUCUGGGGAAACUGGUCGCGAUGUUGGAGGAGGAGGAGAAGAGGGAGACCGCUCGGAGGGCGCAGGGGUACACUGCGGAGCCGGAUGCGGGGGAUGCAGGGACGACGGGGGUGGGUGGGCCCCCACCUGUGGUAGUCACCCCGGACCGCACGGCACCCACACCGACUCCGGCGGUCCCCGUAACGCUCACACACGCCCUCUACUCCUCUUCACCGCCCUUCUCGCCAUCCAUCCCCACCACAGCCUACUCCGCCUCGUUCCCGUCCGCCUCGUUUCCCGCGCUCACGCUCUCCACCGCCCAGCGAACAAACGGCGCGCAUACACCGCCGCUGCCGGCGAAGGAUAAGUUGUUUGGGAGCGGGAAGGGGACGGUGGAGAGUGAUGUUGAGAGUGAUGCUGGUGGUGGGGGAGCGGGGCAGAGGAGGGGGGGGAGGAGGAGGGGGAGUUUGGUGGGUGGGCAGCUGGGCGGUGCGGACCCGGGAGCGGGUGGCAGUGGGCCGUCGUAGGCUGAACGGCGGUCGGUCUGGAAGCGCUUCUGACUGUUUCCUUGCGUGUAUUUUUUUGGGUUCAUCCGUUUAUUAUUCCCUUUCCUCUCUGCGUAAUGCGUAAUCGUGAGUUAUCAC